GGUAUCAAACAUGCUCCAACAACAGACUUGUAGCAGGAUUUCAGAGCCAGUACUUUGAGGCAGUGUUGGAUCGAGAAUGGCAAUUUUACUGCUGCCGCUACAGUAAAAGAUGCUCGUACAGUUGCUGGUUGACAACAGAAUAUCCAGGGCAUUAUGGGGAGGAGUCAGACAUGGUCCUUUAUUCCUACGGCUAUUACAUCCGAGGAGCAACCACCACUUUCUCGGGCGUUGAGAGGGAUCGUCAGUGGAAAUAUAUAUUGUGCAGAAUGACAGACUUCAACUGUGAAUUUGAAAACUUCUAAAAGUGCCCCCGGUAUGAACCAAUCACUGGCGAUUAUGAACCCAGCUCUCAUUUCUUCAUUUCACUUCACGUCAAGUUGACUUUGGCUUAAAUAAAGUUGCUUUUUGUUUCAUUUCAUUUCAUUCAAUGUUACCAUUAAAGCAUAAACCUUAUAUAUCAAAUUAUACAUAUGCAAAA